AAAAUGUCUCAGUGAUAUCGGUAGGUAUAGUAGUAAGUGGUAGGUAACUAACUAAGUUGGUACCUAUUCUUAAAUUUCUAAACGAAAUCAGACAUUUUCAUUUCACAGGUUUAAGCUGUGGAAGGAAGCCAAAAAUUCAAUAUAAUUUCGAAACGUUAUGGACCAACAGAGACCAGAAAGUAGUACAAAUUCAGGGAAGAGGACACGACCUUUGCUCCUGCAGCCAAGUCCGAAAAUCGCGAGGGUCUCCGCAUAUGCUAGCUCCACGUCUAGUGGGGUCCUUAAAAGUUCCAAGAAGUUAGCACCAAAUUCUCCUAAAAAGUGUAAUGUGACUUAUAACAAGAGUGAUGUGCCUGCUCCAGGGACUCCUGUGCCUGAUAAGUAUGUCAGGAAAGCUGGCCCAUACUUGUUAGGCCCUAAGCUUGGGCCUAGUCCUGUGAAAAGUAUAGUGCAAUGUCUGGCAAGGAAAGAAAAAACUGAUGACUUUUACCAGGUAAAAAUCCUAACUUUAAAGAAUGAAGGCCAGCCAGAGACGCAAGAUGACCGGCAAGGCAAGAUGUUGCUCCACACAGAGUACUCCCUGCUCUCAUUGCUCAAGGAUCAGGACGGAGUCAUACACCACCAUGGACUCUUCAAGGAUCAUGCCUUAGAAGAAGUCCCCAAUCCGAAUGGACCCGGUUUUAUUUACACCGGUAAAGUCCGACAGAGGCUAUUCCUUGUGCUCGACUGCAUGACUUCCCACCAAUUCAGCGAGAAGUGUUCCGAGCUGAUAAACCUGCAGCAGUAUGUGACCAAAGUGAAAAAAGUUCCAGAGAAGGAGGCCAUAUUGAUAUUUUAUGAUAUAGUUAGGGUAGUAGCUAAUUUGCAUAAGAGAAACAUAGUACAUAGAGACAUAAAGCUAGGGAACAUUGUGCUGAACCAAAGGACGGGUCGCGUGACCAUCGGGAACUUCUGUCUCGGGACUCAUCUCGGCAGCGACCGCGAUCUGCUCAAGGACCAGAGAGGGUCGCCCGCGUACAUAUCGCCGGACGUGCUGCAGUGCCGGCCCUACCUGGGCAAGCCCUCGGACAUGUGGGCGGCCGGCGUGCUGCUCUACACCAUGCUGUACGGACAGUUCCCCUUCUGCGACUCCAGCCUCGCGCAGCUCUUCACCAGGAUACAGCAGGCCAACUACAAUAUACCGCCAGACGGCAAUUUGGUACAAGUGUCAGACAGCACAGUCUUCCUGAUUCAGAGGCUGCUGGUCAAGGAUCCCAAACAUAGAUUAUUGGCGGAAGAGGUCCUCGACCAGCUGUCCAGUAUAAUAGCCAGCUACGUGAUCGUUCCCAACCCCCCGGAGGAGCUGCAGGUGGUCCCCGACAUCGCGCUGGAGGAACACAAAGACAAGGAGAGCCCGCAGUGCUCCAGCGAGGUGGACAGGAAACCGUUCUUGAAUAUCGUCGAGAGUGGGGGCGAGAGGACACCUAAUUCCAACGAGGAGCUGGGCAUAUUCUGUGUACCGCUGCCGGAGUUCCUGGCGAUGAAGUUCCCCCCCGCGCGGCCCCCGGGGGUCCCCUCCCCCUCCCCCUCCCCCUCCCCGUGCCCCUCCCCGUCCUCCGCCGCCGGCAGCCGGCAGCUCACGGUGCAGAGGGUCGGCCGCGACGCCAGACCGCUCAGCCACGACGAGAUAGCCAGGUACCAGCACAUGUUUACGAAUAAUCAAAGAACUGAACAGCCGAGACGGACAGAGCAGCAGAGCGCAGUGCCGGAGCCGCGACCGCCGGCCGAGACCUCGCGUCUGCGCGCGCUGGCGGCGCGCGUGCCCAGGCUGCGCAACAUCCACAACAACCACAACCACAACCACCACCACAACCACAGCGACCUCAGGGCUGUGGCGUGGAACGAGCGGGCGAGGCUGCAGAUAGAUAGAUCAUGGGACAACGACUAUGUUGUAAGAUUGCCGGGUUUGGAUUUAUCCAGGGGACGGACGAACCCAGGGGAAACGGGCAUUAGUAGACAAGAGAAUAACAACGAAGAUUAUAAUUAGACAACUUUAUAAUAAUAUGAAAUAAAUUAAAAUAAAAGAACUAUAGUUACGGAUACUGAUUGCUAAAGGCUGCCAUUUUGUUUUAUAUAAAAAAAAAAUAGUAUUCUUGACGUAAUUAAGGGAACUUAUCUUGACGUGCCUUUUUAUUGAAACAUACACUUAUUAAUAAAUAAAAAAAAAUGCAAAUAUUAAGCACGGAAUAGUCAUUCUUUGUUUUGUCUCGUUCUUUAAAUGUCAAAUGCUGAAAAGGGAGAGACGGGCAAAACAAUAGUUACAGUCUGUCGAAAAAGUGAGAAAAACAGAUUUUUGACGAACGAACAUUUUUUUUGCCAUUGCAACACCAAAUAGAUUGGUUAAUUGUACACCCAGUGUUGCCAGCCAACAGGAGACAGCGCACUCAUGUAUUUUCUCAACUUUCUUGACAGACUGUAAUCCCAAGUCUAAUCCCGACAUUGCUAAGCGUCGGUUUUAAAUAAUUCAGACAAUCGAUUUGUCAUGUGCUAAUAUAUUGAUUGAAGGGUCAGUUUCAAUAAAGACAUGUAAAGAUCGUGUAUCUACUUUUUAUUACUUAAAUACACGAGCGAUUUCAACUUCUACUGCUGUAAAAAUAUAAGUAUUUGCCUGGUUAGGUGUUAAUUAAUUCGAAGGCCUUCACAGAAAAUUAAUAAGUGCGCUGUGUUCACUUGUCUAGAUAUUGAAAAUAGAGGAGGUUAAAUGUUAGGACACUUGAUACGACACGAUGCCUUCUUGGGCCCUUCGAAGGGGCCCAGGAAAUCCGAAAGAUAUAGACAGAGAUAGUUACAAAGAGAUAAAGAGAUAGAAUUAAAAGAAAAAGUGGGCGUCGUGUCGUAUUAAGAAUUGAAGCAAUUAGAUAUGGAGAGAGGGCGAUGAACUCCACCGACAAAAGCCUCGCUCUUAAAUUACAUGAUGAUUUUGUGUCCACUUGGCAACACUAGGUGUUAAUAGAGAUGUAAAGAACUCCAGUCUUUGAGGCUUAAUUCAAUAGACUGCUCAAUUUUACAAGACUCGGUGUACUAACAAAACUCUAAAGAGUCUUGAGCCGAGCCGAGCUCCAGUCCUUUCUCGAAGACUCGAGCGACAAAAUAGAACUGGAGUCUUAAAAAGAGCUCGAGUGUAUCACGUCUUGAGCGUAUCAGGGUUGAAUACUUUAAAAAUAAUGUUUAUGGUAAUUGAAAAAUCGAAGAACGUAAUGUUGUCACUUGUCAUAAAAGGAACUAUGACUAAAUUACUAAUAUAUCCCACAAAAGUUAAAUAUUUUAUUUCCAGUUUAUUUAUAAAGGAACUCUCCAAGAACGGAAAAGAACUUGAGCGCGACUCGUUCCGUAAAACGACUCGAGCGCGAAUUAAGACCUAAACGCUGUAAUUGUGCGCCCAAGAGUUUAUAGUCUGGGGGUCUUGUUGUAAUGAGUCGAGUUGUGCAAUUUGUCAGCCGAGCCUAAAAUUUAGGACUCAAAAGACUCGAGUUCUUUACAUCUCUAGUUGUUGCAAUAAUAAAAAAAUGUAGCUGGUCAUUCCGUUUUCUGCUCUUCAUACACUGUUAUAUCUUUUUGAAUUAUCAUUUGUGGUCAUCCAAAUCAAAAGGGACCUUAUGGCGGCUGGCUUUUAGCUCUUUAUUGCCGUUGUUCGAAUACAAAACAACGACAAGUUACAGUACUUUGUAGCUUGUGAGAACCAGUACCAAUAGUUUGUAGCUUGUGAGAAAUAACUAUAAAUAUAAAGAUUGACGAGAAAAAGUGCCUGUGAAGGUCUAAUUUCUGAAUAAAUGAUUUGAAUUUGAAUUUGAAUUUGCAAUAAUGUCGUAAGUGCCGGGCGCCAUAAAGUCCCUUUUGAUUUGGACGGUCACAUUUUAUGAAACAGUCCAAAAAUGAAAACUGCCAAAUUGUGUGAUACAAUUAUGUGUAUAAACUGUGUAUUGUGUGAAAUAAAUGUAGGUUGCUAGAGUAGCGAGAAUUCAUUAUUCACAAUUCAAAAUUAUACACACUUAGAAUUAGGUAAGAAUCCCAUACAAACUGUUUUCAUUUAUAUUUGAUAUUCACAAAUAUAAGAGUAGUUCAUCAAUAAUAUUAAUAAUGAUAGGAGCUAAGGACGAAGUAUUAAUUUUUAUGCUUAUGCGUGGAGAUAUUCAUAUUAAGAUUGUUACUAUAGUCUUUUUCUAGUACCUAUACAUGAUAAAGCGAAAAAUGUCUGUUAUUUUAUUAUACAAGUUAUUAUAUAUUUGCGUUUACUAAAUAUUAUUUACUAGCGGCCAGCCCCGACUUCGCUCGGGUAAAACCAUAAUAAUACACCUAAACAUUUUUCGUCUUGGCGCAAAAUAUCCUUUUCUCACAAUGUCCAUUCUCAUAAUAUCCUUUUCUCAAAGUGUUCUUGUGUGUUUUUGAUGAUAAUUUAGAUAAGCAACUGAUUAAAACAGUUUUUUUUAUUAAAAGGACAUUUUGAGAAAAGGACAUUAUUUCAUGAAAGGACUUUUCAGGAAUCACAUUAUAUAUUUAAAAAAUCUGCCUAAAAUCUGUUGCGUAGUUUAGCAGAUCUAAGCAUACAUAGUGACAACAUCGUUAUAUUGUUUUAACAGGAUAUAAAUCGUUCGGAUUGUUUUUCUAUUUUCCUAAUGCACUAGAAACAUACUAUAGUAAGUAGUCUGCAAUCAUUCAAAACAACAAGAUAUCGUUACAAUAUUUUUUCAAUAGUAUACUAACAAUGCCUUUUAUUGAAAAUAAUUUCUUAGCACAAUCGAAUUUUUACUCAGGUAUGGCAAAAUACAGUUACCUGAACAUCAUUUUUUAAUGAAAAACUAAUAUACUGUAAUACCGGCUACACACUAUCGUAGAUCUCGGAGAGAUUCCGACGCGAAUGCGUGUACAUUGCGUGGUUUGUAUGAGUGCUUUUAUUUACCGCAACGAAAAACCAGCAACGUAUGCCGAACCCGCCAAGUCCGGCGAGCUGGCCCGCGUUACGUGGAGCCGGUCACGUAAGAAAUAAUGUAACUCGCUAAGUCUGAUGUAUUAUUGUUGUGUAAAAUCGGCAUUAUUAAUGUACUUGUAUUAUUUUUAGCUGAUAUUUUCAUUGUAAGUGGGUUUAGCCGGGUAUUUUUGACUUAUUUUAAAAGGAUGCCUAUAUUUAAGGUUAAAACCUAAUAUGCAGCCAUUCAAAUUUGUAUAUAAUUUUACUACAGUACAGUUACCUAUAAAGAAUAGAAAAUUUAUGACGAUACUGAGAUAUGAUCAGAUUAUUGACUGAAUUAAAUUAUUUGGCUGGCAACAUUGGGUGGUAUAAACCAAUCACGUUCGUGGUGUUAUAGAUACUAUUAGAGUUAGCUCUAAUAAGAACUUUAUCUGUGGUCUGAUCUGAAUGUGUACAUUAUACAUAAGAGAGGUCCCGGGUUCGAUCCCCGGUCGGGUCAUGAUGGAAAAUGAUCUUUUUCUGAUCGGCCCGGGUCUUGGAUGUUUAUCUAUAUAUGUAUAUGUUAUCAAAUAUACUAUCGUUGAGUUAGUAUCCCAUAACAGAAGUCUAGAACUUACUUUGGGGCUAGCUCAAUCUGUGUGAUUUGUCCUGAUAUAUUUAUUUAUUUAUUUAUUAUAUAUAAUACAUAAGUAUCAUCGUAUAUAAUUAUACCUUCCUCCGCACAAGAAAGAGAGAGAGAUCGGGCUACAGAUGAAAGAGUUAGCAGUACUUUGUACAAUAUGUACUUUGCAUCGGGGUGUCCACAGUUCACAGAAUCACUCUUCAUCGAAAGCACGUUUUGUCAAAAAAUAUUUUUGGUUGCUCAAAAUCUAGAUAAGCUUGAAUUAAAAUAAUCGGUAAAUUCAGUUUUGCUUGACAUAAUUAGGUUAGGUUACGUAAGAACAUGAUAAUAAAGUAAACAUUUAAGUAACUUGAGAUAUAAUUUUUGUUUCGCCGGAACGUGAAACAUUUUGAUGCAAAGGGGGUGUCCACAGACACCCCCUUUGCAUCAAAAUGUUCUUAGUACCUAGUGCUGGCUUCAUUGUCUAUAGAUUGAUGAUCCAAUGUUGGUGUUGCAAUGAUAAAAAAUAUGUCGGCAAAAAUUCGUUUUCUACUCUUUAAAGGCAGACUGCAAUAUUGUAAGCGUAUGCAAUGCAAUUUUUAAGCAUUGUAAAGUUAUUACUUAAAUCAAACGUCCAAACUGUUUUACGAAUGUAUUGUUUGUAUUCUAUCUGACAGGUGUUUGGGUUGCCAUGAGCGAUGUUAUUUUGAUUUAAAAUAAAUAAAAAAUAGCAUUUAUUGGCAGUUUCUUGGCACAAUAGAAAAAACAUAAAACCAAAGUGCACCGCGUUGCGCGGACCAUCCAUCAGCUAACUCGCCAUCGAGCUCGGCGUGAGCCUGUGUCUCGAAUGGAAACAGCAUCGUGGAUGUCCCUGCAGUGCGGAGAUGAAACAUACACAUAAACUUAAAAUAAGACAUUUGAAAAAGGGUACAAUAGUUCUCAAGCUAGAGUUAUCUGUGCUUUGGGAAACCGCGCAAAGACUAGUUUCAUCAUCGGGCUUUUUCCUUUGGGAAUUUUGUGAACAAAAUAUUUAAGUUGUCCUCCUGCGUUGAAUCAUUUCAGUUUUAUGCCUGUUGAGCCAUUUAUGUCAGAAAACACGGUUAACAGCAAUGAACCUACCCAAAUUCAUAGCAAACUCGCCGCCAUUACCGCACCAUAAAGACCCAUGCAGGGUAGCUAUGUGCUGUUGACUGUACCAUCUGUUCAAGCAUCAUUGAUCAGUGAAGCGGAGCGUGGUUUUGUAAUUACAAUAUAUUGUAUCAUUUUUGUUAUAAUUCUUUGGUUAUUGGUAAUUUUGUUAUUUUCUGUAAUGGCAACCCAGAAGUUUAUGAGUGAUAAUUGUAAUGUAUAUUUUAAGUAGGCCAAUUUGUUAUUUGUUAAUGCAUCCUGUUCGGUGGUAUGUGGAUAAUAAAAUGUAUUUUAAUUUA